ACGAGCGGAGGCUUUUUAAAAAAGCGUCACCCUCAGCGCAGUGUGGAGAUCCGGAAAAUACAGUGGCCGCCAGUUACAGUGGGAAAGAAGUGGACGCUCAGGAUGGCAAAACAGCAUCAACAUCAGCGUCCUCUUCCUCAAGUUCUACCCCUUCUGAUGCGAAC